AUGGUCAGGCUGAAAACCCGAUAUCUGCUUUUUGAGCUCCUUUUCCCCGACAGUUUAGACCUUGCACAUCCUCAUGAAUCCCUGAGACAAACCAAAUCCAAAAUCGAGUAUCGUAAAGUAGCUGACGCCUUCAAACAGGCGGUUUUGGAGCAUUCAGGCGAACAAGGCUUGGGAAGCGUGCAGAGCUCGUUAUUAGUGAAGUACUUUAGCCCUGCUACAAUGACGGGGGUUUUAAGAGUGAGCCGAGAAUACUAUCGAAUUGUUCAGGCCUCACUGUCGUAUAUCACAGAGAUCGACAACCAACGGGUAAUUGUCAAGAUUGCAAAAGUUUCCGGCACCAUCAAGAAAAGUCAACAGGCUGCCAUUGCCAAAGACAAGGCAUAUAUUGAUAUUAUUGCAGCUGACACCGCUUCUACAAUCGGCUACAACUAG